AUGUUCAACAUCUCUUCGUGUCCAAUCACUUACUACGGGGUCGAGUACAAGUCGCUCCACGACUCCGUGAAGCUGAUCAAGUUCGCGGACGACACCACCCUCAUUGGACUCAUCUCCAACAACGAUGAGUCCGCCUACAGGAGGGAGGUGGACCGGCUGGUGUCCUGGUGCAGUGGUAACAACCUGGAGCUGAACGCCCAGAAGACAGUGGAGAUGAUUGUGGACUUCAGGAAGAGCACUGUCCCCCCGCCCCCACCCUCCGUGAUGGACUCCCCCAUCACCUCUGUGGAGUCCUUCCGUUUCCUGGGCACCACCAUCACCCAGGACCUCAAGUGGGAGCCGACCAUCAGCUCUCUCAUCAAGAAGGCCCAGCAGAGGAUGUACUUCCUGCGGCAGCUCAGGAAAGCCAAGCUGCCUGCACAGAUGUUGGUGCAGUUCUACACGGCCAUCAUCGAGUCCAUCCUCACCUCCUCCAUCACCGUGUGGUUCGCUGGAGCCACAGUCAGGGACAAACAGAGACUACAGCGCAUUGUGCGCUCUGCAGAGGAAGUGAUCGGCCGCAGCCUUCCAUCGCUGCAGGACCUCUGCGUCCCGUGGAAAGAGUACACGUGCACAGUGACCGGAAACACGAUGAUCGACCGCACGGGACAGACUCGGGCCAUUGCCAACUUCUGUCCACAAGUGUUGUUGAAGAACAAAUAUUUGAAUCUGACGGUGUCUUACGCAGCUCGCCGGCUCUCCGACGUCCCACUACUGAACCACGUUGCAUUUGAACUUGACGACAAAGUAAUAGCCAUCAAGAACGCUCUCAUCGAAUUCGACAACACGUCCACGGAAAUAGCUUCGAAGAUGAAUAUAUCUGAGUUGGAAUUCAGUCGUGUUCCAGGAGGAAUUCUCGGCACUAUUGCUAGAGACGAUUUCCACGCUGUGGUGUUUUAUGACGGGACAACUCUGCACAUUCACUACGAGGGUUCUCCUGAACAGGUCGUUGGGCAACACAUGUGCGCUAACAAUUCAGAGCUAAUCACACGAGCCGUCGUCGGCUGUGAUCAGGUGGACAGUGACACUCGAGGAGACUCCAUCGACUGUGGAGCAGCCACUGAGAGGUGUAAGACCAUGUUCCAAAAUGCCUUCACAAACUGCUCGGUGGACCCAAAGCCCUACAUCACCGCUUGUACCAACCUGUUCUGUAACUACACGGACACGGACGACAUGAUGUGCAGAGUUCUGGAGGCCUACGCUCGCCACUGCCACGCUGAAGACUGGAUGAACUCUGUGGGCUGCGCUCCCUCUGGAUGUAUCCAUGAGAAGUGUCUGGACCAUGAGUUCUGUGGGUUGAGUCUUGGGCGUAGGUCCCUGUGUUUGUGUAGAGCCCCGUUUGCUGCCCCCUACAGGAGCAACAACACAUUUGGAGAGGACACCAUGUGCGUUGCCAAAAAGGCCUCUGUGUCUCUAGUGGGAUGUCUGCUAGCGGAACAGAACAUUAACAUGUCCUCUCUCCACCUCAACGAUCCCAACUGCACCGGGACCAUCAACCCCAAAACCAAAGACGUCACAUUUACCUUCAGCGACACCAACCACUGUGCAGCCAAUGUGUCGAUAAAAGGAAACAAAAUCAUUUACUCGAACACCGUCAUGGCUCCUGAAGACAACGGGGAGACCAUCUCUCGAUCAAGUCCAGUGAGCAUCCAGUUCUCGUGCACCUACACCCAGCCGGAGGUCCACACCAUGUCUCUGAAGAUCAAGGACAGAUCUGUGGUGAAAGUGAUCGACGAGGGAGAGUGGACCUACGUCUUCAACAUGACGGCCUUCUCGGAUGAGGGCCUGAGCUCACCUCUGACCAAUGAGUCCAAUCUGCAUCUCGAUGACAUGCUCUGGAUCCAGACCAAAGUCUCUGAGGUGGACGAGCAGCUCAUUUCUCUGGUCAUCGAGGAGUGCUGGGCGACUAAAGAGAACAACGCCACGGCAGCGCAGAAGUACUCCCUCGUCAAGAAUGGCUGUUCUGACGAGGACAGCGUGAAAAUGAAAACUAAUGGAGAGAGCCUGGCCAGUGUCUUCUCCUUCAGAGUUUUCCAGUUUGUGGGCAGUGAAAACGACGUUUACGUACACUGUGAGACCAAACUCUGCAUCAAGGCCGACGGCUGCACUAAGACCUGCACUGGUCCUUGA